AUGGAAGGUGGAUUUGUGGAAGAAGGUGACAUGAAACAAUGGAAAGAAAUGCAUCUUGCCUUGCCCCCCUCUUUCCUUUAUGGGGAUGGGAAAGAAGGGGCUUCUUUGAUUUUUGAUAUUGGCAUGGAAAUCGAGCAACUAUCCAACCUAAACCGACCAUGUGCGUGUUCCUCAAUCCAAAGAUUGCUUGAGCACCACGCAACUCUGCAUGAUAACUCACAAAAGGCAUCUAACUUCAACCAUAACUUCCUUGGAAAAGGGAACUUUUCAAAAUUUCAUGCUUGGCAAGGCACAUCCAUUGAAAAUUACAAUGCAAUUGUUUAA